GCCCCGGCGCCACGCCCCCCGCGGCCCCACCCAGCCUCUCUGCUUCUGGCCUUCGGCCUCGGCAGCUGGAGGCUGCCGGCCGGCGAGGGCCGCGCGAUGUCGCACGGACCCGGGCUCGUCCGCACCACGUGCAGCAGCGGCAGCGCCCCGGGAGUCGGGGCCGGCGCGGGGCAGCUGGGCGCGAGCUCUUCGGAGGGGCUGCUGGACCCCGUCUACCCCCGCACCCACGGAGCGCUGCUGAAAGUGGCGCAGAUGAUCUCGCUGCUGAUCGCCUUCAUCUGCGUGAGGAGCUCUCUGUGGACCAGCUACAGUGCCUACAGCUACUUUGAAGUGGUCACCGUUUGCAACUUGAUCAUGAUUCUCGCCUUUUACCUGGUCCACCUCUUCCGCCUGUACCGCGUGCUCACCUGUAUCAGCUGGCCCCUGUCGGAACUCCUGCACUAUUUAAUCGGUACCCUGCUCCUCCUAAUCGCGUCCAUCGUGGCAGCUUCCAAGAGUUACAGCCAGAGCCGACUGGUGGCUGGAGCGAUCUUCGGUUUCCUGGCCACCUUCCUCUGCCUGGCGAGCGUGUGGCUGUCCUACAAGAUCUCGUGCGUGACCCAGUCAACAGAUGCCGCCGUCUGAUACCCUAACAGCCCGCCAGCCCUGUAGGAGGCGCUGCAGGACGUGUGACCCACGCGGAUGGAGGGGCUUGAGCCGGCGGCCGCAGGAGAGACCGGGGUCUGGGUCCCCGGGCCGGUGGGUGCGGGAGGGGCCCUUCCUCCGGCUCCUGAGCGGGUCCAGCCUCUCAGGCCAGCCUUCUUCACUUCCUCAGAGAAUAUUCCUCCCCGUCCGGGAAAGAAAAGCAGCCUCCAGGGAAAUAUGAUCUCUCCCUCCUGCUUUAGAACCGCCUCAGGGACUGAUGCCCCCCUCCCCCCGUUAAGGUGAAGGGGGUGGUUUUUGAAUAUUCCUGCCGAACCCUUCCGCUCUCCGCAGCCCUCGGGGAGGGGCGCUGCCUUAAAUCCUCUUGUGAAAACACAGCCACCUCCUAAUUUAUCUCGCUUGGAAAUCUGGUCUUGAAGGUACCCUCUUUCUUAAAGUGAGGCUUAUGGGAGCACCAUGCGGUCAGCCUGUCCCCAAAUAGGAGAUCUCGGUUCCUUUCCUUUUGUUACCAUUGUGUACGUGUUUGUAUGUUUUUAAAUAAAAUGUUGACUUGGCCAAUUGCAGAA